UGUAGAAUGAAUUAUCUAGUUUAUUAAUUAAAGUUUGUACAUUAAAAUGGAAUAUUUUGCAAUUUACGCUCCAUCAAAUGAUAAUAUAGAGCCUAAAGAUUUUGUGUUUGUUAAAAGAGAAGAAGCUUUAAAAGCUUUAAAUGCCCUAAAGCCUAACAAGGACUCACGUUUUAAUAAAUUCAAGAACCUUGAGGAUGCUUUAAAAUUCGCAAAAAGUGGUGCUCAAGCAAAUAUUUGCAGGCAAGAUUCCUCAUCGAUUCUCGACACAAUAUCGCUUUUAAAAUCGCCUCCACCCAAUCAACCAGUGAUUCAGCGAUCUCUUGAAAAGAGCAACUUUCCAGCUCCAAAGAGUCAGGAUCUUGUCAAGUUCAGGAAGGAAAUUGAGCAAAAUAAUGUACAGAAAGUCUACGAGUUAAUUAAUUUAAAUCCAAGAUAUCUUGUUAGCUCAGGUGAUACGCCAGCGAUACUUAAAGAAGGUCCAAGAUACAAUGCUCUUCAUAUCGCUGCGAUGUAUAAGCAUGCAAAAAUGGCAAAACUUAUUUUACAAACUGUUGAACAACCACAAUUAAUCGAGCUUUUACAUGGAAUCAAAAAUGAUCCAAAUAUUGAAGUCAUGUCACAAAAUUUAUUAGAAUCCUACUUGAAUACUCCAGACAAGUCACGUAAUGAGACUCCAUUGCAUUUCGCUUCAAAAAUCGGUGCUAAAGAUGUCAUUGAAGUUCUUCUUGCCUAUCCAAUCUGUAAAAUGAAGCCAAAUUCCGAAGGUUUAUAUCCUAAAGACAUUAUUUGCGCUCGUUGCUCUGACUCAUCACCGGAAUUAAAACGAUCGAUAGAAGAGCUCCUUGCCGAAAGAUUUUUUGUACCUGUAUUGAGAUCAAAUGAUGACACAGUUCAACCUAUAAUUGGCCAACCGUUUACACCGUCAAAUAUACCAAAUUUUAACACAGAUCCACUUAGUCCAAAUUUGGAGAUAAAGGCGUACGCAGGACCAAUGAGUUCUGAUCAAGCACAAACAUUCCGGAGACGUUGGAAAACGCCUCCACGAUUAAUUCCAUCUACAUCCAAUAAUCAUAACAUAACAUUUUCACCGCGAAGUUCUUCAAUAUCAUCUCCAAUGUAUAGUCCACGAAUGUCAAAAUCAAUGAACGAAAUGAUUUCAUCAACGCCAAAACUUAAAAAGAAAUUAUUUGAUGAGAAUUUUGAUGUCAGCGAAUACGAGGAAUUUGAAGAUGUUUAUUUAUCAAAUAUGAGCGAAACAAGUGAUAAGAAUGGUAAUAACAAUUUUAAUGUAUUAAACCAGCAUGAAGAAGAGGAAUUUAAGGAUUUGUUGUUUGAGGAUUUGUUAGAAGAUAAACUUCUCAGAGAAUUGGAAGAAAAAAAUAUUAACAAAUUUCAAGCUUAUCGUAAUCCAAACGACUACAUAUCGGAUCAGACACCUUUAAAAGGAAAGAAUGAUUCUAACAGCAAUCAUCUAAGUCAGAAUUUUAAUGCCUUUACAAGUGGAGACAGCCUUUUUUGUAAUCCACCAUCAUCGAAUAUAGGGAGUGCUCAAAUCACGUUCCUUGACGAAAGCGGCUCUAUUUAUAGUCCGGACAAUAUUCACGAUUCAAUAUCGUUUAAAGAGAAGAAUAUUCGAUUAACUGACACAGCAAAAGGUCUUGAAAAAAUUGGUCGUGGUUUAGCACACGAAUAUAAUGUUGGAUGGAAGGAAUAUUGGGAAUUUUUAGGACAUUUUUUGGACAUACGCAGUACAGAAGGUCUUGAAUGUUUUGAAGAUUAUCUUAAAAAGAAGGAAAAGAAGAAGGAACUUAAUGAAUCGGAUGGAUUAAAGCAGUCACCAGUCCAACAAAAAAUGAAUGAUUCUUUUGGCUUAAAUUCCAUUUGUGCUGGCUUAUACAGUAUGGAUAUUAAUGAUGAGCUGACUGAAAAGAAGGAAAAAGCAACUAAAAAUGGAAUCACAUCGCCCACAAUCCCACGAAGUCCAAUAAUGGAAAUGCUCACACAUAUGAGACAAUCAUCUAAUGAUCUUCCAUUACUUAAUCCAUAUACAUGCAUUGAGCAGUCUUGUCGAACAUUUGCUAAACGACUGGCUGCAUUACUCGAAGGUGAAGCAAUUCAAGAUCAAAAUUCAUAUGAAAAGACCUUACUUGCUGAAAUUAAUAAACUAUACACAUCAAUCGAUAGCUAUAAGAGAGAUUCACGCUUCAACAGUAUCAACUUUCAAAAAGUCCAUUCUCGUUACGGUUACCUUCUUGUUUCGUGCUUAAAAAAGAAUAAUGUUGAUGUUAAAUAUUUAAGAAAUUUAGUGCCAUUAAUGUCUAAGAUUUAUGCGCUUGCAUCGCAAUUUACAUUGCCAGAUACAAAGGAUUUGAUCAAAUGUCAUGCAAUGUGUAUCAGUACAUUCACAAGAAACUUUAUUGAGCAUCAGGAAAAGAUUUUUAAUCCAGAGAAUGUCAAUACGGAAACAGCAUGUGUUGAUGCUUGGAAUGGACCUGAUAUUAUCGAAUGCAAAUGUUCGUUUGAUAUUAAUUUUACAAGCUCGAAGCUUCAAAGGCAGAAUCAUAGACGUGAUAUUAGGAAGAGAUUAUACAGUGGUCCCAAAACGGUAGACAUUUGGGCAUCAAGAGCAACUGAUGAUCUAGAUGAUGACGACAAUGAUGAGUCGUAUUUGUCAUGUGAUAGCGACAUGUCUAGCGAUAAUGAUGAUGAGUAUUUUACACCACCACAAAGUCCUGUUAAGUUUGAUGACAGUGAUGACGAGGAUGUUAAUAUGUUUGAGCAAUCUUUAGAGCAUUUAGAGGAUGAGAAAGAGUAUACGUUAUAUAUUAAUGGUGAUCAGCCUUCAAAACUCGAUAUUGAUGUGUUCAUGGCAAUUGGCGAAGAUUUUAUUAUUGAUGAUGUCAAAUAUCCUUUCAUACACAAAUGGUAUAAUGCCAUGAUGAGGAACAAAGAGUCGAUGAAUGUCCAUAAGCAUCGCAACAAUAUCUUUCGACUUUUUACACCAAAAUUGAAGAUUAAAGGUUGAAUUUUGAGUGUUUUUAAGUACUUUUAUAUUUUUAAAUUUUCUUUUGUAACAAAUCGUACUUUUUAUUCAUUAAUGUAAACUUGAAGUUUUUUUAUUAUAUUGUUUCC